UUUCGUAAUUAAGUUUAUCUAGUGAUUACAAUUAAGUGAUUUCAUGUUCUCUCAUUGUAAUUCUAAUUACCGAUUAAUUAGAAUUUCUAAUUAACUCAACUGACCCAUUUGAGAGGAAACUGUUUGGUUAAUUGUUGAAUUGAGUUUUUAUUUUCCUUUGGUCAACCAAAUUUAAUUGUCCAUCUAAUUAAUUUGAUUUUUUUUGUUUCUUUCAAUUAUCUGAUCAGUUUACCUACUGUUGAUUAUUCAAUCUAUGUUACUAAUUACCCUUUCAUUGAUCAAUCUUAAAAAUUGAGUAUCAAUGAUUUGUUUUCCCUCUUAUCAUCAUAUGUAUGUAAUAAUAUCAUUAAUUGAUUUCAUAUCAACAAGUUAGAUUCAAUCAAAAUGUCAAUCAAUGGUCAGUUAUAGACUGUUAAUGUCCAGUGAACUUUAAUCAAAAAGAUUUCAAUGCUGCAUCACUUUACCAGUCAAUCUUAAUCAAUGUACAAGUCAAUUCAAUGGACAUUUACCUUGAUUUAGUUCAAUAAUUUAUCAACUAUCCUAACAAUUAAUUAUCAUAACAACAAUUUUCUUUAUGUAAAUAUAUUGAUAAUUUAUUGGGUGUCAUUCAACUAUAAAUUGCUGUUAAUCAUACACACACACACACACACACACACACUAACAUAUUAUAUUGAUAUGCUGUUGACAAUUAACUUUGGUUACAUUAUCCAAUCUUGACCAAUUGUUUAACCAUUAAAAAAGAAUUUGUUUUUUUUUCACCUACCGGAUAUUAGUAAAUCAAUUAUCCAACAAUUACAAUUUAAUGGACACACACACACACAAUUUAAUAACCAUUACAUUCAAAGAACCACAAGAAAAUUAAUCAAUACCAAGUAUACAUACAAACUAUUGACCAAUGUUUAGCCAAUUCCUUUAGGCAUUGUCUUCAGAAAAUGUUAACCAUCAUUCACAAUCAAUGGAAAUAGUUUCAAGUGAUGGUGAUUUAGUUAAUCCAGACAAUAAUAGUAAUGAUGAUACAGACAAUUUAACAGUUUAUUCAUCAAAUGAUAAAACUAAAUCACCUUAUGUACCAUAUGAUCAACGAAUUGAAACUUAUAUGGUUCCUAUUAUAUGUGCCUUUAUCUUUUUAAUUGGCUCGAUAAGCAAUGGACUGACCAUUACAAUUAUAAUUCGUGAGCGACUUUACCUGACCCCUUCUUACCUUUUCAUUUUUAACCUUUCACUUGGUGAUUUGAUAGUUAUCCUUGGUACGGUUCCGUUCGUAGCGACCAUAUAUACCUUUGAAUCUUGGCCUUACGGUGAAAUUGUUUGCCGUCUAAGUGAAUUUAUUCGUGAUGUAUCAGUUUCGGUAACCGUUUUCACUCUUACCGUUAUGUCAUAUGAUCGGUAUAAGGCCACUUUCGCCAUUGAACCUCGACCUAUUGUUUCAGGAGGUCGUAACCAGCGAACACCCUUUCACGUUAAACUGUUAAACCUUCGUUAUGGUAAAAUUGUGGCCGGUAUUUGGAUUCUAUCGUGUUUAAUUGGUUUACCAGCGGCAAUAAAUACCUUUAUUCUUGAAGUGAUAGUUGACCCGGAGAAGACGAUUAAAGUUUGUUAUCCUUUUCCCGCUCAACUUGGUCCACUUUAUCCGAAAAUUGUGAUCUGGUCUAAAUUUUUCCUCCUCUAUCUUAUACCAUUGAUUGUAAUCUGUUUUUGUUACACUUUGAUUAGCCUUGAAUUACGGCGAUAUUCAAGUUUAGCCAAUUCCCGACGAAAUGUUGAUUCCAAUGGUACAACAAGUUCAGCCCUAAUGUCCGGCUUUAUAUUGACCUCAAGUGGGAAGCAUCGAUUCCGUCGGCGUAUUGUGAUAAUAUUCGUGGUCGCUUUUGUCAUCUGCUUUUUCCCGAAUCACGUUUUCCUUUUGUGGUACUAUCAUUCAUCCAGGGAAAAUCAUUACACAAAAUUCUGGCACAUUUGGCGAAUCGUCGGAUUCAUCUUAUCCUUUGCUAAUUCUUGCCUUAAUCCGUUAAUCUUAUACUUAACCUCCCAGAGAUUUAGAUCCAAGACUAAAAAUUUCCUCUCUCUUUGUCUUAAUAAACAUAAUGAUGAUAAUCAUCAACAUCACCUUCAUGAUCCACAAGAUCAACAUCAUCAUCAUCAUCAUCACAAGUAUCAUCAAAAUCAUGACCUAAAUCAAUCUUAACAUUGUGAUUCUCCGGUGAGAACUUAUUAAUUUCAAUCCCAAUACAAUAAAAUAUAAUUAAUUUGAUGAUAAUUAAAAAGAAAACAUUUUAUUAAAAAUGAACAUUAAAUUUAAAAUUAAUUUUCUCUCGAUAUUUUUAUUUUGAUCCAGUUUAUUGAUUUAAUUCAUAAAUCAAAACCCGAUACUUAUUUUCAUCAACAUUUUUACAACCAUUACAUGAUUAUAUUAAUAAUUAAAUCAUUCUUGUCACUGGAAAUCAAAUUAAUCAUAUUUAACAUGAUUAGCAUCUUAUCAUUAACAAUUUGUAAUCAAAAGUUUACUUUUCCUUAUUGAUUUCCCUUGGUAGUUAAUUAAAUUACCAUAAACAUAAUCAACUAAAUCCAAUUGAAUAUUAAUCAGAUAUCCUAUUGAUCAUUUGCCUUUUCAUCAUAACAUAAUUCAAAUUGUAAUAAGUAUCACUCAACAUUCAUUGAUUUAUAAAUUGCCAGACUAAUUGA